AUGAAGGCGGCCUCGGGCUGUAUGCGCUGUCUCCGCCGGUCUCUGGCCUCGAGGUCGAGCACCCACGAUACCGCUGGGAGUAUAAGAGCAGCACGCUCGAUCUUCUCCACCUCCACCCUCCGCUCCGACCUUCCACCGUCCGCAUCUACAACCGAGCUGGAGCAGCAACGCCAAGCCGCAAAACAGCGCGCAUGGUAUCUUGAUCCAUCCGACUCGGCUCCCCCACCAUCGCUGGCCCCAUCCUCCAAACCCCGCUUUACCACAUUCGACCCAUCCUCCACCCUCCCCACUGCCGCCCCAGCCCUCCCUGCUCGUCCACUCCCCGACAACGCCCCUUCCCAUUUCGCCCCUCUCCACCACUUCCUGACCACUCUGGAACUCCUCGAACCCUCCUCGGUCGUCUUUCUGCAUACGCCCUCGUCCGGAAGUCUGCAGCGGGACGAGGAGGAGCUCGGGGUCGGCGGGAUCGGGGCGCGCUGGGAAUGGGUCGUUGUCGCAGUGGUCAGAGGGAGAGGGAAGGGCGUGGUCGGAAGAGCAGAGCGGGCAGUGAGAUUAUGGUCCAAAGUUGUCGACGAAGGCGGCGCCAAGGAGGAUGCCUAG